UUCUCUGUCUCCCAUGCAUGAACUCUUCUUUGGAGCAUUAAGACUGAGAACAGUCCUCGGCAUCAAAGAAAGAAAGCUUAUGGGCGAAGAAAAACUUCGCCCACUCAAAACCCUAAAAAUAUAAUAAAAACAAAAAGGAGAGAUGAGAGAAUGAAAGAAUAAGAGCAAAAUAAACAAAAGCCCUCUCCCACCACCUCCUCCCCCCUCUCUAUCUUUCCUUCUCCCUCCUCUCUUUAAUUCUCUUUUCUCUUUGCUUUCUUGGCCUCCGGUAUUCCCUUAGUGUGAUUCUCCACCUUAAUUUUCCUAAAGAACCCAUCAACCUUUAUAAAAGAAAAAAGAGAGCAAAAAAAUUAACCAUGGUUUUCUCAUCUGUUCCAGUCUAUUUAGAUCCUCCCAACUGGCAGCAGCAGACUAAUCAUAUUCAACAAGGGACUGGGAGUGAAAAUCCUCAGCUUCCUCCACCUCCUCAUCAUGUUGGAGCUGGUGCUGGCUCCAUUAGGCCUGGUUCCAUGGCUGAUCGAGCCAGGCUAGCCAAGAUUCCACAGCCGGAAGUUGCCUUGAAGUGUCCAAGAUGUCAGUCCACCAACACCAAGUUUUGCUAUUUCAAUAACUAUAGCCUCUCACAGCCGCGCCACUUUUGCAAGACAUGUCGGCGGUAUUGGACUAGAGGGGGUGCCCUUAGGAGUGUUCCAGUAGGCGGAGGAUGCAGAAGAAACAAGAAAAACAAAAGCAGUAGCUCCAAAUCCUCCGCUUCUGCAGAGAAGCAAGUUGGUAAUUCAAAUUCAACAAGUGCUGGUAAUAUUCCUUCUGAAAUUACUGGCCAUUUGCCACGGCAGACACCUCAUUUACCCUUCAUGGCUUCUUUACAAAAUUUUUCUCAGUAUGGUUUGGGAAAUAUUGGCUUAAACUUUGCUGGAAUUCAAGGGCAGAUAGGGGCAACAAGUACUGGUGCUAGUGGGCAAGCUGGUAUGGGGUUUCAGAUAGGAACUAACUCAGGCAUGAGCAGUGCUAUUUUUUCAGCAGAAGGAACUCAUCAUCAGCAGUUUCCUUUCUUUGAGCCAGCUAAUGGUUUAUAUCAAUUUCAAAGUGAGGGUAUGGAAGCAUCAUCUUCCAUGGUCGGAGAAAGCCAGCUUCUUCGUUCCAUGAGUUCGAGCUCUAGGGCUUCUCAGACAGCUCCAGUGAAAAUGGAAAAUAACCAAGGGCUAAAUCUAUCAAGACAACUGUUGGGUGUUUCGGAGAAUAAUCAGUACUGGGGAGGAAAUAAUUGGACAGAUAAUUUAUCAGGUCUCAACUCUUCUAAUACUAAUCACCUCUUAUAGCUAAGUUUCAAAUCGUUCUUGAUAGACAGCAGCUUAAAGCUGAUCUUGAAGCUUCAGCUUCUUCCAGUACUUAUCACAACAGCGUUAAUGAGAGAUAGUUGACAUAAAGUCGCAUGUUCCUUUGAUCACCUUGACUCGCUUACAAAAGCUCCAACAUCAGAAACUAAAUAAUUGAUGGUGAAAUUCCAAGGUUCAGUGAGGAACUUGUCUCAUCAUCAUCAUCAUCGUCAUCAUCUAUGGAAGAAAAAAAGAUUGGUAGAAUUUAUGUUGUUUCAUAUAUAUUUUGGGUUUUUGAUCUUAAGCUAUGUCUUUGGUUUUUGUUUGCAUGGGCUUGUUUACAGAUUUGUCUAUGUUUGUGUGUGAAGUUAUGGGAUCUGUUAUCUGACAUGAUAAACUAAUUUCUCUGUGAAAUUAUCCUUUAUGGUAACUUCUUUCUCA